AGAAACAUGGAUUGACAGUCUGCAGGGCAUCCACCAGUAAAACUUAUGGAGCAGUGGGUUUGACGUCUCCAUGGUAACACAGACUUGGCUCAGGUGCCAUGUCCUUAAGCUCUGCGUCGACGGCCGUGGGUUAUGGUGGUGGUGAUGCAGCGGCUGCCAUGGCAACCCCAGCGUCCGAUCAGGCUCUCCUGGCUUCGGACCGCUACGCUAGACUCAUCCUGGCUCAGAUGAACAAGAUGCGGCUGCGGACGGACUUCUGCGACGUGGGUCUGAGGGUCGGAGGCCGGGUCUUCAGGGUCCACCGGCUGGUCCUAGCUGCCAGCAGCCCGUAUUUCUCUGCCCUGUUCUCCGGGGGGAUGAGCGAGGCAGAGAAAGAGGAAGUGCAGAUCCUGGGAGUAGAGACUGAGGUCUUUGAGGUUCUGCUGGACUUCAUUUACACAGGAGUGAUCAGUGUGACUGUGGAAAAUGUCCAGGAGCUGAUGGUGGCAGCAGACAUGCUACAGCUGAAUGAAGUUGUUUCUAUCUGUGGAGAGUUUCUUAAAGGUCACAUGGACCCGUCCAACUGUGUGGGGAUUUUUCAGUUCCUGGAACAGAUCGCCUGCAUGGACAUGUUGGAAUUCACUGAGAACUAUAUCCAUGUUCACUUCCUGGAGGUGUGUGUUACUGAUGAGUUUAGGGGCCUGUUGAAAGAUCAGCUGGUGAGGCUGCUGAGGAGUGAAGAGCUGAGAAUAGAGGACGAGUACCAGGUUUUCACUGCAGCGAUGGACUGGGUUCUUCAAGAUGUGGCUAAGAGGAAAAAACACAUUGUCGAGGUGUUAGAACCGGUUCGCUUCCCUUUACUGUCCCCGCAAAGACUUUUCAAAUACAUAGAAGGCAUUAGUGACUUCAGCCUGCGGGUGGCGCUGCAGACUCUGCUGAAGGAAUACACUGAAGUCACAAAGUCUCCCAAAGAAAAUAAGAUCUACAGUCAGCUACAACCGGCCAAGAUGAGACCCAGAAGAAAAGCAAGGAAAUACCUCUACGCUAUAGGAGGCUACACUCGGCUGCAGGGCGGUCGAUGGAGUGACAGUCGGGCCUUGAGUUGUGUGGAACGCUUUGACACCUUUAACCAGUACUGGACGACCGUGUCCUCCCUCCACCAGGCCCGCAGUGGGUUGGGGGUUGCUGUACUGGAGGGAAUGAUCUACGUAGUGGGAGGGGAGAAAGACUCGAUGAUUUUCGACUGCACAGAGAGAUACGACCCCGUGACGAAGCAGUGGGCCGCUGUGGCAUCGUUGAACUUCCCUCGCUGUGGAGUCGGGGUUUGUCCCUGUCAUGGAGCUCUGUAUGCACUUGGUGGCUGGAUUGGCUCUGAGAUCGGGAAAACUAUGGAGCGUUACGACCCAGAGGAGAACAAGUGGGAGGUCAUCGGAAGCAUGGCGGUUCCUCGCUACUACUUCGGCUGCUGUGAACUACAAGGUUUCAUUUAUGUGAUCGGGGGGAUCAGUGAUGAGGGGAUGGAGCUGCGUUCAGCUGAGGUGUACGACCCCAUCUCCCGCAGAUGGAGCGCCUUACCCGUCAUGGUCACACGUCGAGCUUAUGUGGGCGUCGCCUGCCUCAAUAACUGCAUUUAUGCGGUGGGAGGAUGGAAUGAGGCAUUGGGAGCACUGGAGACAGUGGAGAAGUACUGUCCUGAAGAGGAGAAAUGGGUGGAAGUCGCCUCAAUGUCGACAGCUCGUGCAGGAGUGUCGGUGUCGGCGGUGAACGGGCUGCUUUACGCCGUCGGAGGCAGAGCUGGCAGCAGAGACUUCUCAGCACCAGUGACUGUGGACUCUGUGGAGAUCUACGACCCUCACCUGGACACCUGGACUGAAGUGGGCAACAUGAUCACAAGUCGCUGUGACGGCGGACUCGCUGUACUCUGAUACAGACGAGAGCCAGACUCAAACUGUGACCACGUUGGCACCAAAUCAUCCCCAAACUGGAAAAGCUGCACCUUAGGAGACACCGGAGUGUGUCUCUGUCUCCAGUUGUCUUUGACUUUAGCCUGUUUGUUAUUUAAAAAUAGAUUGGACGUGUGUUUUCUUUUCUAAGUGUCCACAGCAUUGAAUGAACAUUGCAUAUCUGAUGUGAAAAUAUCACCAGAUCUGCAACUGGAAACUGCCAAACCUGCUUCCACCUAAAUGUUCCAGUGAAUGACUCAUCAUCUCUCUAGUGAUUUUUGAUUCACUAAUUAACUGUCUUGUUUGUUGGAAUGAAAAGCAAUUCUUGUGAAGAGAGAGACUUUUUCACAGCAGAAGUUUUCUAUUUUUGAUGGACCAGAGAGCUUUUCUAAGGACUGUGAGAUUGUUCUUGGUAUUGAUGCGCAAAGCACUGCUUUUUUUUUUUUUUUUUUUUUUUUAGGUAAAAUUUCUUUUAAAAGACAUGUUUGAGGUGUGUGCAUUGCUACUUGGAAGAUUUUUCAAACCACUUGAGCCUAUUUAAUAAUGGAGACUUGAUGAGUGAAGGGAUUUUCUGUAGAUAAUUAUAAACUUGAACAGUACACAACUCGUUACUUCGCUGCACUUACCACUCAGUUUUCACUGGAGACAUUUUCAGUAUGAUACUGUAAAUACUAGUGCCUCUUAGGCUGCGUUCACUCUGUAGGUCUUAGUGCAUAUUUCAUAUUUAUUGCUUAAAUCUGACUUUCUUUUGCUAGGCUGCUCACAUUUUUUAAUGACAAAAAUCAGAUUCCAGUGUCAUCGUAGUCCUGAACUGACAAACAUAAACAAUGGAACAAUAAUAAACUUCAUACACAGCACAGGAGAUGAUAUAGAGAUGCACAUCGCCUCAUAGCAUAAUUGCCUAAGUCAUAUUUUUGGACAAAAUGUGAUAUCUGCAUAAAAUGGAGCAGCGGUGUUAGGAGAGUAAAAUUACGCUGAUUUCACAAUUUGGCAAAAAACAUGACUUACCAAAAACAUUUAGCCAAAAACGAGGCCAAUGAAAUGUUUCAUGGAUUCUGAUAUAACUGUCCAGACUGAGAUCACAUUGCAAAAAAAUCAGAUUCAGAGCACUUUUGCCUGCAGUGAACGCAGCCUUAGUCAUUACUUACACUUGAAUCCAAACAAGUAAAUAGUGUUGUGAUUAUUAACCAGUGACACUGAAACAACCUGAAUUUGCAUUCCAUUCACAUUUCAACCUUCACCACAGAAAUAAUAAAACACAGUAAUCAAAAAAACAGUCAUUCCUGUGUUUACAUUAUGUUACUUAUUAUCUUAUGUUUCCUGUGGAUACAGUUGAGUAUGUCAGCUAGCUGAGUGGAGCUGUUACACAUACAUAGUACUCCUUAUCAUGUACUUUUAUCCCUUUGAAAACAACACAAGGUUACAGCACUUGUGAGUGCUUCGCAGAGUUAAUAAAUUGCUCAUAAACCUG